GUGAGCCAUGUUGCACAACAAAAACAACAACAAAAGCCCCUCAUGUAUUGAUUUCCAGAAUGCUGUGGGACAAAGCGAGAGCCUGGACACAGGAAGGGGGCAGGCCCACACGCACACAGAGAGUAGACCAGAGAGAAUGAUCCAGGUAGAACAAAGAGGGGAGGAGGUUUUCAAAAUGUCAACAAUGGUGCGUGUGACAUUCAAUUAAAAGCCAGAGAAUGGGGGCUUUUCUCUGUGAUGGGGAAGUGGUUGGUAGCUAGCGAGUAUGUUCCAGAGCCGUAUAAAGCGCUGGGUGACAUCAGAAGCCCAAAUUGUCCAACAGCAGCCAAGUGUAAACUGCACCGAGUCCCACGUGCUGCAGAGAACCGAGCAGAACAGAGAGAGAACCCUGACGAGACCCUCUGCAGGUAUAUAUUAACCAAGACCCAAGGCUAGACAUCUCCCCUCUUACAUACGGAGCCAUACUUCCUGCCUGUUUGUUUCUGCACUGCGCUGGAGAGCCCCAUCGCAUCGCCACGGUGGAUCGCUUGUUUGACAUGCACCCUCAGCGUCCCCUGCCCCAGGCCAUGCCCUCCUCUCUGGGGCAGCACCUGAGAGACGCUGCCCUGGGCUUGGGGCGCGGAAAGAACCUGCUGGGCGGGAACAUUGCCUACGGCUUCAUCCAGUCGCUCAAGGAGUGCCUCUACUUCCUGCUCUGCUGCUGGUGCAUCAAGGAGAUCCUGGACUGAGCGAGGAGGGGGAGGGAGGGAGUCGGACGGGCCAUAAAAUGGGUUUACGGCUUGUGACCUUUUUCCCUUUUUGCCAUUCCGGCUUAUUUAUGGGUACUCAGAGAGGUAAGGGUGGUGCUUCUAGACUCUAGAAGACCAAGUGGCCUUGGUUGUGUGGUCCACUGAAUAAUAAGGAAAUGCCUUCCUGUGUUGAGGUGAUCUAGUAAUCUUACCUGCUAGAAAGGACAUUAUAGUAUCUCAACAGAGUUGUGGUAAGAGAGAUGCUGCGAAUUAAAAAAAAUAAAAGAAUAACACAGGAGGAACUGUAUUUGGCUGGGGCCUUAAUAAUGGAUAUGUGGUCUUGAGACAUGACUAAAGGAUAUUUCUAAUGACUUAUUUUCAAAUGGCUUUGAAUGAUGCUUAAUAUAUUGUGCAGAGAUUAUCAGAGGCAGGCGAUGCAUCCAGGCUGGGUCUCUUCAGAUGCACACAUCCUCUAUAACAGUGGACUUCGUGUCCAAGUACCUGUAAUAAACGCAAGACUGUAAACAUUUGAUGAGUUUGAGUUCUGUUUGCCCAUGCAAACAGCAGUGUGUUUAGUGAGGUCACCAGAUCCAGCGCUUUGACAUGGGACAACAAAAACACCAUAGUUAAGCUUGGACUACAUACAUUUUGCAUUGACCAAAACACUGGAAUGGACAGGAGUGUUAUCCUUACGGUGAAAACAGAAAUAUGUAGGCCUAAAGGCCUGAACUGUUGUGCCAGCUGCUCUUCAUAAAUCAAAACUGGACUGGGCAUCUCUUGGAUGGCAGCUGUCACGUUCUAACUUAAACUGAUUCCAGUAAGCCUACUGAUGUAACAAAGUUAAGGAUACAGCCUGGCAGCAAA